AUGAAACAAAACGGUGCCGAUGAUGGUUUACUGUGCGAGAGGAGUUAUGAUGAGGAAAUUAUGAACUUACAUGUCACGCAUUUAGAAGAAGAGAUUAUCAAAUUGAAGGGUCAAGUUGAGAAGAGUGAAAACAAGGUUGAUGAUUUGUCGGAAAAAUUGAAGUUGAAAGAGGAAGAGUUGCAUAAUCUGAAAGAGUUUUCUGAUAAAGUGGUUUACAAGUCCAAGGUUGGGUUGGUUGUAAUUGGUAGUUUUUGUUGUUUUUUUUAUCUGUUGGAUUUGCUUCUGCUUUGGUACUCCUUGUGCCUCUUUUUGGGGUUUUAUUGUAUUUUUUCGGAAAAAUUGAAGUCGAAAAAGGAAGAGUUGCGUAAUCUGAAAGAGUUUUCUGAUAAAGAGAUUUACAACUUGAAGGCUCAAAUUGAGGAAUGUGAAGCCAAAAAACAUGUUCACGAGAUAGCUAAUGAAAAGCUCAAGAUAUCAGAAGAUGAAAAUGAAGUUUUAAGGAAGGAGCUUGAGAGUAAGUCAUGUGAGACUCAUGAAUUGCAAGGUCAGCUUAUAGAGGCAGAAGAAAAUAUGGCUGAAUCAGAUUUGGAGUUAGUUUCAGGGAGAAAACAUAUUCAAAUACUAGAAAACUUGGUUAUAAUAUAUGAGCAAGAGGUGCAAAAAUUGAAAUCUAAAAUGCUUGAUUCACAGGAUAACUUUUAA